AUGCAUGCCGUUUUUGAGGAGAGUCUGAUUGUUUCAAGUGUCAGACAGCAACACAGCACCUACAACAACUCGUUUGUUUCUGUUGUAACGCUGAUGGCGUUGAUUGGUGGUUCAAUGGCUGGCUUUGCGGCCACCUAUGCAGGUUACCAUCCGACGACUUAUCAAGUGGCUCCUGCAGUGUAUCAUGCGGCACCAGCAAUUGCUGCUCCGGCUGUGUACCAACAGGCAGCUGCUCCCAUUUACACCAAGUCCUAUGCCCUGCCUUCGCCAUUUGUGAAGGCUGUUGCUCCAGUGGCUCCUGUGUAUAAGACCUAUGCCGCUCCAGUGGCUCCGUUCGUGAAGACCUAUGCCGCAGCCGUUCCUGCUCCAGUUGCUCCAUUGGUGAAGACCUAUGCCGCUGCCAUUCCGGCUCCAGUUGUGGCUGCAGCUCCUCUGCCUGCUGUGGUGAAAACCGUUGCUGCUCCCAUUGUCAAGCAAAUCGAAUUGGAAUCGGCACCUCGUUAUGACUUCUCAUAUGGUGUGCAUGACUCCCUAACUGGUGACAUUAAGAGUCAGGUGGAGAGUCGCAAUGGUGGCAAUGUUGUUGGAUCAUACAGCGUCCUGGAUGCCGAUGGUUUCAAGCGCACUGUGACAUAUACAGCAGACGAUAUCAAUGGUUUCAAUGCUGUCGUUCAACGUGAACCCGUGGUCCGUGCUGCCGUUGUUGCUCCUGUGGCUUCUGCCGUACCUGUAUCUGUUCCCGUGGCCGCCCCAGUUACCAGUUUACCAGCUGCUCUCCCUGCUCCCAUCUACUACCCGCAACAACAACAACAACAGUUUUUCCAACCCCAACAGCAACAAAUCAAUGUUGAGCAGCAAAGUGAAGUUGUUGAGGCUCCUGAGCCGACUCCCAUUGACUACACAGAGGGUCAAGAUCAACAGCAGCAACACCAAGAGUAUCCACAGGAUCAGCAAUUCCCCCCUUACCCGUCUGCCACCCCGGCUCCUUCAGCUGACAGCGACGACUCGGAUGUUGUUGAGGCACGAUCUGCUCUGGAGUCGAGCACAUCGACCACUGCUGCUCCGGCGCCAGUCAACGAGGAGAACAAAGACGAAGACAAUGACAAGAAGUCGGCCUAGAAUUGUGAUUGAACUUUUUUGACUAUAUACCAGGAUAAAAUAUUAAAAUCAAAUAAAAGUUAUACAAAUUGAAAAA